CUUGGGGACUCAAAGAGCGCCAACGUUUGAUUGAGAUUCGGUGUGCACGGAGAUCAUCAUGAGGACUCCUACUCUUGCGCGGCUGCCAUGCCGCGCUGUUUCUGGAUUGACCAGAUCUUCUGUCCGUCUUCAGUCCCAGAACUUCUUGACUCGGCGAUGCGCUUCGACGGCUGCUCUCCGUUCACCUACUUUGGCUCCGGCUUAUCAGUCUACCCUGAGCAAACACUUCCAGCAGAGGAGGAACGCUUCUGCUACUGCUGCUGCUGUGCUUGAGGCUGCCGCUGCCAACCCCGACACCCUGUCGCAAGAGGCCAUUAUCGAAAACCUUGACCCCGUCGAAGCAGCACGUCUGUCCCGUGUUCGGAACAUUGGUAUUGCUGCACACAUCGACAGUGGUAAGACGACAUGUACCGAGCGUGUCCUUUUCUACACUGGACGUAUCAAGGCUAUUCACGAAGUCCGUGGCCGUGAUGCCGUUGGUGCGAAGAUGGACUCCAUGGAUCUGGAGCGUGAAAAGGGUAUCACCAUCCAGUCCGCCGCAACUUUCUGUGACUGGGUCAAGAAGGACGCCGAGGGCAAGGACCAGAAGUACCACCUCAACUUGAUUGAUACUCCCGGGCACAUUGACUUCACCAUCGAAGUCGAGAGAGCGCUGCGCGUUCUGGAUGGUGCUGUCAUGAUUCUGUGUGCUGUUUCCGGUGUCCAAUCCCAAACCAUCACCGUUGACCGCCAGAUGAGACGGUACAACGUUCCUAGAAUUUCCUUCGUCAACAAGAUGGACCGUAUGGGUGCCAACCCCUUCAAGGCUGUUGACCAGAUCAACAAGAAGCUUAAGAUCCCCGCUGCCGCUGUUCAAGUGCCCAUUGGUGCCGAGGACGAAUUCGAGGGCGUGGUCGAUCUGCUUCGCAUGAAGGCGAUUUACAACCGUGGACCCAGUGGUGAGGAGCUUUUCGAGACCGAUGAGAUCCCCGAAAAGGUUAAGGCUCUGGCGGAAGAAAGAAGGCAGAUGCUUAUCGAGACCCUCGCCGACGUUGAUGACGAAAUUGCCGAAAUCUUCCUUAUGGAGGAAACUCCUACCGAGGACCAAAUGAGACAGGCCAUCCGUCGGGCAACCAUCAACCUGAAGUUCACCCCUGUCUUCAUGGGAUCUGCACUGGCGAACAAGUCCGUGCAGCCUAUGCUGGAUGGUGUCAUCGACUACCUUCCCAACCCCUCCGAAGUGCAGAACCUUGCUCUUGACAAGAAGCGCAACGAGGCUUCUGUGAAGCUCGUCCCCUACAACUCUCUGCCCAUGGUCGGUCUUGCUUUCAAGCUGGAAGAGAGCAACUUUGGUCAGUUGACCUAUAUCCGUGUGUACCAAGGUACUCUCCGCAAGGGCUCUUUCGUCUACAAUGCACGCAACGAUAAGAAGGUCAAGAUCCCUCGUAUUGUUCGCAUGCACUCUAACGAGAUGGAGGACGUUACUGAGGUCGGAGCUGGUGAGAUCUGUGCUGUCUUCGGUGUCGAGUGUGCCUCCGGUGACACCUUCACUGAUGGACAGCUGGGCUACACCAUGUCCUCCAUGUUCGUUCCCGAACCCGUCAUCUCCCUGUCCAUCAAGCCUAAGAACAACAAGGAUGGUGCCAACUUCUCCAAGGCCAUGGCACGUUUCCAGAGAGAGGACCCGACUUUCCGUGUCACCUUCGAUGCGGAGAGUGAACAAACUCUUAUCUCUGGUAUGGGUGAACUGCACCUUGAAAUCUACCUCGAGCGUAUGCGCCGUGAAUACCGCGUCGACUGUGAGACUGGCCCGCCUCAGGUUGCCUACCGUGAGACCCUUGGCGAGCGUGUCGAGUUCGACCACCUGUUAAAGAAGCAAUCUGGUGGUCCUGGUGACUACGCCCGUGUCGUUGGUUGGAUGGAGCCGACGGGCAGCCUUGGCGAGAACGUGUUCGAGGAACAGAUUGUUGGUGGAAGUAUCUCGGAGAAGUUCCUCUUCGCUUGUGAGAAGGGAUUCCACCUCUCUUGUGACAAGGGUCCUCUGAUUGGACACAAGGUCCUUGGUACCAAGAUGGUCAUCAACGAUGGUGCUACCCACAUGACUGAUUCGUCUGAAAUGGCCUUCAAGAACGCCACCCAGCAGGCUUUCCGUAAGGCUUUCAAGGAGAGUAACCCUGCUGUCCUCGAGCCCAUCAUGAAGACUGUCGUGACGGCUCCAUCUGAGUUCCAGGGUGACGUUAUCGCUCUCUUGAACAAGCGCAAUGCUACUAUCAACGACUCUGAGGUCGGUGUUGAUGAGUUCACCGUGUACGCGGACUGCAGUCUGAACGGCAUGUUCGGUAUCAGUUCCCACCUGCGUGCGGCUACCCAGGGUAAGGGUGAAUACACCAUGGAGUUCAGCCACUACGAGAGGGCGCCUCCCCACCUCCAGAAGGACCUCAUCGCCAAGUACCAGAAGGCCCAGGCCGACAGACACAAGAAAUAAGUCUGUCGCAAUCCUGUGGCUUAAUGCUUGGAACAGCUUUGCGGAGGUAGAACCGCCUCCUAAAGCUACCCUACAUCAGUGAUGCAGUUCAAAAGUAUACCCAUCACGUCUCCUUUCGGGGUUCUUGAACCUGCAAUCCCCCACCCGCGCUCUGUCCUCCCUCCUACCUCUUCCCUUCUCGGCGUGUAUUCCCUACGAAGACGAUGUUCUCAUUAUGUUUAGAUAAUUUGGCGCCAUGUAUUAUUUAUAAAGCAAUCUAGACGGGCCCUGUGGGCGUCGGAAAAUUCUCAGUCAGUGCCAUGGGGCCGGGUUGGUAGGGUGCCCGGCCGCCCAUUCCCGAGACGGCUCAUCUCGGUUUCAGACUGUACAUAUUUGACCUGAAGGUCAUUAUAUCUCCUCUCAUAUAUUCAAAUUUUAAGCAUAUACUGGGC